UCUAGAAACGGUAUGACAGAGCUUCCACCAGGUUUUGAAGAAGUUCUGCCACAAGAAGUUAUAGCUCAACUUCGAGCUGUCCAUGAGAAUAACCAGAUGACCGCAGAACAACAGCAUGAAGCGAUCGACCGUAUCAUGACAACCCUUCCUGAGGAACUAAUCCAAAGACUGCCGCAACCGCCUGGUUUUGAAAAUCUUCCACAAAACAUUCGCGAACAGCUCAAAACCAUACAUCACGAUAGGGCAAGUUUUCUCUUUACCGCUAUCGAGCCCUAA